UGACUGGCUCCUCCCUUCCCCCCCCACCCCGAGCCGGACCCGGCAGCCGUCGCAGCUGCCCGACUCCAAAAUGGCAGCCGCGCACUGCGCGCACCCGAGCGGCCGGACCUCCCUGACUCCCGGGCCGCCCCCUUCUCGCUCCCGGUCUCCCUCCUUCGGCCUUCACCUACGCGCCUCCGGAUUGGCCGUCAGGAAUCCCGCCCCCCCACAGCCCCGCGUGCUAUUGGCCACGAUCUUAUAAUCGAUGGAUAAAGUGGGGAAAAUGUGGAAUCACUUCAAGUACAGGUGUCAGAACCUCUUCAGUCAUGAGGGAGGAAGCCGUGGUGAAAACAUGGACGUGAACGCCAACCGGUGUUUGUCUGUCAAAGAGAAAAGCAUCGGUGUAGGAGACUCGGCUCCUCAGCAACAGAGCAGCCCCUUCAGAGAAAACACUGCCUUCCAGCUGGGAGUGAGCCCAUCCAAGAGCUCUGCAAGGAGAAGCCAAAACUGUGCCGCUGAAAUCCCUCAGAUUGUUGAAAUAAGCAUUGAAAAGGAUAAUGAUUCUUGUGCUGCACCAGGAACAAGACUUGCACGAAGAGAUUCCUACUCUCGACAUGCUCCGUGGGGUGGGAAGAAAAAGCAUUCCUGUUCUACCAAGACCCAGAGUUCAUUGGAUACUGAUAAAAAGUUCGGCAGAACUCGAAGCGGACUGCAGAGGCGAGAGAGGCGCUAUGGCGUGAGCUCCGUGCAUGAUACAGACAGUGUUUCCGGCAGAACCAUGGGGAGUCGCUCUCUCCGCCAGAGGCUGCAGGAGACUGUGGGCUUAUGUUUUCCCAUGAGAACUUACAGCAGGCAGUCAAAGCCUCUCUUUUCCAAUAAAAGAAAAAUACACCUUUCUGAAUUAAUGCUUGAAAAAUGCCCCUUUCCGGCUGGCUCAGAUUUAGCGCAAAAAUGGCAUUUGAUUAAACAGCAUACAGCCCCUGUGAGUCCACAUUCAACUUUUUUUGAUACGUUCGAUCCAUCUUUGGUUUCUACAGAGGAUGAAGAAGACAGGCUUAGAGAGAGGAGACGGCUUAGUAUCGAAGAAGGGGUCGAUCCCCCUCCCAAUGCACAAAUACACACAUUUGAAGCUACUGCACAGGUUAAUCCGUUAUAUAAACUGGGACCAAAGUUAGCUCCUGGAAUGAGUGAAGUAAGUGGGGACAGUUCUGCAAUCCCACAGGCUAGCUGUGACUUGGAAGAGGAUACAACCACCCUGUGUUUGCAGUCGCGCAGGCAGAAGCAGCGCCAGGUGUCUGGAGACAGCCAUGCCCACGUGAGCAGACAGGGUGCCUGGAAGGUCCACACGCAGAUUGAUUACAUUCACUGCCUCGUGCCUGAUUUGCUUCAGAUCACAGGGAACCCCUGCUACUGGGGAGUGAUGGACCGCUAUGAAGCAGAAGCCCUUCUCGAAGGGAAACCUGAAGGCACGUUUUUGCUCAGGGACUCGGCCCAAGAGGACUACCUCUUCUCUGUGAGCUUCCGCCGCUACAACAGAUCCUUGCAUGCCCGAAUUGAGCAGUGGAAUCACAACUUCAGUUUCGAUGCGCACGACCCGUGUGUAUUUCACUCCUCCACUGUAACAGGACUUUUAGAACAUUAUAAAGAUCCCAGUUCUUGCAUGUUUUUUGAACCUUUGCUUACUAUAUCACUAAACAGGACUUUUCCUUUUAGCCUGCAGUAUAUCUGUCGUGCAGUAAUCUGCAGGUGCACUACGUAUGAUGGAAUUGAUGGACUCCCUCUCCCAUCGAUGUUGCAGGAUUUUUUAAAAGAGUAUCAUUAUAAGCAAAAAGUGAGGGUUCGCUGGUUAGAACGAGAACCAGUCAAGGCAAAGUAAACUCUCCUGCCCAAAGGGUCUGAACUGGGUCUACUUUCAUGUGCAUCAGACAGUACACCUAUAGCAAGCACACAUAUCAGUGCUAGGUUUCUUCACACAGUACGUAGGGUGUAAGUGUUAGUGUCUGUCAGAUGCAAUCUGCGUUACUUAUCCAGAUAAACGUGGUGCCUAUUGGAACAACAGGGGAGAGAGCAACAGGUGUUCAGUAAGACGACAAAAACACUUUGCCAAUUUAGCUACCAGUUUGGUUUUUAAUGGCUGUAGUAAUUGAGUGAGGCAACUCUGGGGCAUUUGCUAUGAAGAAUUCUAUUUCUUACUGAAGAACACAUUAUUAAUAUCGGAUGAGUAUUUCAACAGUGUGACUAAUGUUUGAAAUUAUUUUUUCUAAGAACUUUUCUAUAACCUUCCAAAAGUAGUGAUGUUUGUAGUUACUAUAAAUCAAGCUUUGGAAGUCCAAAUAAAUAAAAAACUGCCUUCCUUUUAGAGAAAAAAUGCAAUUUUCUGGCCACAAGGGCAUAGUGCAGUUCACGUAAGUGUUGAUGUAGGUUAUAGCAGGCUCCUUUGUCUUCUGCAAAAGGUACUGUUAAGUAAACCAGGUUUUCUAGAUAGUUCUUAAAAGUUUAGACUUAGAAAGUUAGCAGUAGAAUUUUAUUUAAAGGCCCUAGGCAGUAACUUUUUGAAGUGCUUUAACUUGAAACAGGUAUUUGGAAUAGCUGCUGCAAUGUAGUCCUGCUUGUAUUUUGUUUUUUCAUUUGACGUGCAGUCUAAUUGUUGUUUCAUAAAAGUUGAAUCUUUUCCUAUGCCUGUGAUGCGUUUGUGAACCAUGAAGAAAAUGAAACUAGAAGUUGCCCAAACAAGUCAGAUAAUAGUAACUACAGUGGUUGCUGGUGUUGAGAUUAUUUUUAAACUGUAAGAAUCCAGAUGGAAAUAUUUAUCUCUUCAUUGUAACUCUCCUAGCUGAGUUGCUUAAGUCUAAUUUAUAGAGUUUCAGCACAGUUAAUUCUUAAUGGAAAACUGAAACCUAAAUUGCAGAUUUAAAAGGUACUGUACGACCGUUAUAUCUGUAAAUAACUUUACUUAGCACCUUUUUGUCACUUAGAAAAAUAUGUACUACUACUUGAGUGAGCUCUUUUGGAAGUUAUAUCAAGUUCUAGUGUUUGCUUCUUAGUAACUGAACUGAGUUUACAGUUCCGUCCUAGACAUUUUGCACUAAAGUAGCCAAAUUCAUUCUUGUGUCUUUUGUUAAUAAGCUCUGUACCACUGGUGAGUGCUCCCUAGUUUCCUUACCUGCUGCUACAGAAUGUUACUUUACAUCCCUAUGGCUAUUGCCAAGGCUACAAAACAGAAAAGCUAUAUUUGUAUGCAACACUAACCUUUUGACUGCUAAUGUAUGUUUCUGCUUGCUGUGCCUUGUUAUGGCUGCUUUUUUGUGCUAAUAAAGUAUGUUUGGUGUUCUCCUUGUAUAUCUGCUAUUUUAUACAUUUGCAACAGUUUAUCUUGUAAAUGGAAUAGUUUGGGGUUUUUAAACAAGUAUUAACUGGCAACCUGCUCUAGUUAAUGCAGUUACUGUACAGUCUAAUAAUGACUUAUCAGAAUAAGUUAACUCUAAAUUUAAUGCUCUACAUCUAUCAAACAUAAUCACAUAUACUGUGGAACAGUAUUUAUAGUUACUGCAGAUUACUGUACAGUUUAGACAGUUUAGGUUUAUAACAAAACUAACAGAGAAAUAAUAAACCUAUUGAUUUCUCUGCUUGUAAGUGAAAGAUUGAAAUGACAUAGCAAAUGAUUAUCUGUAACCUCCCUUUGCAUAAGAAACAGGUUAAAUGAAGUCUUGUGAACUGAUAAUACAUCGGUACCAUUUAUUGGUUUGGGGACCAUUUUAAUUGAUAACAAAUGCCCAAAAUAUAGAACUUGUAACCAAAGACUUGUCCAUUUUAAAGCAAAAUGGGGAUCGAAGGGACUUGCAGUUUGUGACAUUUCUAAUAAAAGUCCCUGAAGAACAUAUACCAAAGUGUUUGAGAACUUCAUCCAAACCUACUUUUAAAGCAUUAUGUGCAAUUAAGUUGUUAUGACAUAAUUAUAUUGCAUAAAUGUUGAGUCUGUUUUCUUGAGCUUAUAAUGUACCUGGAAAAUAAACCUCUUGAGAAAAAAACAAAGUUCAUACUGAUUAUUGAAGAAGGACUAUAUGUGCGAGCAAGGUCGUGUUUUAGAAAGGAAACUUGAAACUCCAAGAAAGCACUUGAUGUUUUUAUAUGCUUGUCGCAAAUUGAUGUUCUAACUGUAGUUUCAGAAAGUAUUAAUGCUUUUAUGUAUUUCAGAACUUUCAUAUGUUAAAUGGAAAUUGUUUUGAAUGUGUAACUAUUUGAGUUUAUGUAAGCAUGUGUAUACUGUGCUAAAGGUCAUUUGUGUUUCAGUUUGUGUACAAUAUUAAUAUGCAACUUUUGGUUUAAAAUUUUUUCUUAAAAUAUUAGUGGCUUACAUUUUAAAAAGAAAAAUCACCAGCAUGAAAUUGCACCUAAGUCUA